UGUCACAAGUUGACAUAAAUAUUUAAUCCAUAAUUCUAACGAGUGAAAAUCAAAUACCUCCACUAAAAUGAUAUUAGUAUACGAUGCACUCUUUAAUGAUACGUAUCAGUUGACUGAUGGUGGUGCACCUCAAAGUUCAUUGAUGAAAUGUUUAUUUGUAUUGUUACUUCGUAGUGGUUUUAUAUUAAUUCAAGCGUCAUGCGUCCCCGUCCAAAAUAUAUAUAUAAUACUGAUGAAGAACUUUAUAGACAUGGCUGCAGCCCUUUUAUCUUAUACUUUUAUCGGAUUUACAUUGUCUAACGGAUACAAGGCUUUUCAAGGAUUUCUAGGAUUUGGAAAAUGGAUUGAGAGCGAUAUCCUCUUCCUUCCAGACGCGAUACAAGGAUAUUUGUCUGUACUAAUGGGUACUGGGAUAAUAAGCGCUAGUCUGUCAGGUCGUAUGCACGUUGCCACCCUGAUAAUUAAUUGCAUAAUAUAUUCAUCAAUUUUACAACCAAUAUUGAUGUACUGGACGUGGAGCGGUGAUGGACUAUUCUAUGCUGUCCAAGUUCAGGGUGUAACAUACGGCAACCGUGAUUACGGUGGUCUGGUCGCCGUACAUCUAUCAGCAGCUAUUGUGAGUUUGAUGGGUAUAUUCUUUUUGGGAAGGAGGGUGAUGAUAUUGCGCAGCAUGGAUCCCUUGUCCAUUGGGCUGGAGUCCACCGGCAGGGCAAUCAUUGGAUAUACAUUUAUUAUUUUAGGAACAAUAGCAUUUGAGUUGCCCUCUUUCAAAAUGAUCAACCCCCUUUUUGAAAGCGAAUUAACCAGCCUCAUAGUGGUGAACAAUCUUAUUGCCAUUGGGACGUCUAUUUUCGUUGUAACAAUAUGCCAUGUUAUGGUGUACCAUCGGCAAAUAUUCAGCUACUGGGUGUUCGUGCGAACAUUACAAAGUGCUUAUGCUGGAGUCGUAACAAUUUCGGGUGGAGUGGACGUAUUUUCACCGUUGUCUUCGUUACUCAUUACUGUUUUAUCGUCGUUGUUGUUUUUUGCAGUUGCUUUUGGUCUUCAUAUGACAGCUUUUGAGGAUAAUUGUAACGUUGCAGCUAUUCACUUCAAUUGUGCCUUUUUCGGCAACCUUUGCACUGGAAUCUUCAAAACGACUCGGUAUGGUUGGAACUUAGGAGUACACACAGGUACUUGGUACCAGCUUAUGGUUUGGCUUUCUGCAUUCAUUUUUAUAACAAUUUCAAUGACGAUAGUCUAUGUCAUAAUCUCUUGUACCCGAAUCCUAAGCGGAGAUGUAGAAUCCCGCAAUCAUUUGAUGGCUGAAAAUAUAAAAAAGUCACAGAAGAAAAAGUUCUACAGAAGACUUUUUAGUAUUAAACAGAGGAGACGGUAUUUCGAACCAGCCACUAUUUUGAGAUUAAUGCAGUACAAUUCGCCUUUUAAACCUAUGAGCAACCAAGAGGAGGAACGCUUCAUGUGAAUUACCUUUUUAUAAUUUCUAAUGAACAAUUAUACAGUUGUUAUAUUUUUAGAAACAUUCAAUAAACUUUUUAAAUAUCAA